CCAGGCCCGUGACAGAUGCUCAUGUUAGCAGCCCAUCCAUGCGAACCACAAGACAGCAAGGCCCGCCCCCUCCCGCGAAAACGGCCUAAAACCCUAGCAAACCCGCGUUCGCGGCCGUCCGUUCUCUGCUCGCCGCCGCGCCGCAAUCGUCGGGAACAUGAGCGGCGCGACGGGCACCGCCGACUUCUUCUACCGGGAGGCGCUGCGCCUCGGCUACGUCGCCCGCUCCGCCUUCAAGCUGAUCCAGAUACAGAAGCAGCACAAGCUCAUCGCCCCGGGCGCCGCCGUGCUCGACCUCGGAUGCGCCCCCGGGGCGUGGCUCCAGGUGGCCUGCCAGAACCUGGGCCCGCUCGAGAAGGGCGGCCUGGUCGUCGGCGUCGAUGUCAAGAACAGAAGGUGAAGGUCCCCUCGGCGCACUGCGACUCACGGGUCAGGACGGUCUGCACCGAUGUGAUGGCUCUGAUGAAGCUGCAAGCCCGAGCUAUGUCGCCGCAGGAACGAGGAUUUUCUGUGAUAUUAUCCGACAUGUGUCCGGUAGUUUCAGGGAUCACAACCAGAGACGAAGCUAUAUCUUGUGAGCUGGGCAUGCGUGCGCUCUCGUUGGCAGUUGGUAAGAUAAAAGUCAAAGAAUCGGCUGACUAUCGUGAGACUAUGGAGAGGUUUCAGACCUCCACGGGCCCAGAUCCUGAUGAGGACGGUGUUCUUAGACGUGGAGGCAGCCUAGUAAUCAAGUUUCUUGAGAACGAGGAUAUACCAGGGUUUAACAAAUUUUGCAAAGAGAAGUUUAAGAAAGUAUCUCUCCUGAGGCCUAAGGCGACGAGGUCUAGUUCGAGGGAGAUCUACAUGAUCUGCGAAGGUUUGCGGUAGAAGAUUGGCCACCACUCACCUCCCAUGAGAUCCUGCAAGCUUGUGCUGAGCAGAGUGGCUGGGCCGAGAGCUCUACAAAUUUGCCGUUGAGCUGUAGGCGUGUAUGUCUGAGAUGAUGCUAACUUCAUCGGCAAUUCAUGAUUACUGAGUUGAGGAAACUCGAUGAUAUCUCUUCUGGAGGAAACUUGAUGAUACCUCUUUGUAACAGCUCUAUUGGCUUGCUUUCGUGCUUUUAGAAGAAAAACGGUUGUACUUGUUUUGAUAACCGUGUUCAUUCAUCUCUAACCUGUGUGCUGUAUCAUCUGUCUUUCAAGGCAUCGUGUUUUAAUAUUGUUUCUUAGCGAA